AUGCCCUGCCUUCUGUCUGCUCUGCAAGAGGCUGCCACAGGGGUGCUCCUUGCUGGAGCACACGUGUUGCUGGAGCACACGUGUGGAGCAGGGCAGCAGCAGUCACCCAUGUCACACAGUGGCUGUGGGGCUUUCUGGAAGGAGCUCAGGCAUCCUCCAGAUGGUCUUUUCUACAGUUACUCCCUGGAAAGUCAAUGGCUGAUGCAGAACCAGAUGAGAGAGAGACAAACAGCCAUGCAGAUUGCUUGGACACGGGUAUUUCUCAAAUAUUUUGACACAUUUUUUGGACUUGCUGCUGUAGGUUUAACAGCUGGAGCCAUAAAAAAUAAGAACCCAGGAGUUUUACUGCCAAUAGUUCCCUUAAGCUUUGUAUUUGCUUAUCAAUAUGAUAUGGGCUAUGGGACACUGUUACAGAGGAUAAAAGGUGAAGCAGAGAACAUAUUGGACACACAGAGCACUUUGCUAGAAUUGCCCAAAGGACCACUCACUUCUGAAAACCUGGAGAAAAUCUGA